AUGCGUCUCUCAACGGUGUUGUUGGCUGCCGCCAGCCUCGUCUCCACCGUCCAGGGGCAUUGGCUUGGAAAUAUUCCUCAUCGGGGGUUUGCGCCCUUCGCUGGCCAAGCGAACUAUCCCGUCUUCCGCAAUGUCAAGGACUACGGCGCAAGGGGUGAUGGCGUUACGGACGAUACCGCGGCCAUUAACGCGGCUAUCAACGCUGGUAACCCCUGCAAUAGGGGCUGCACAUCGACGACUAUGACUCCCGCGGUUGUCUAUUUCCCUGCUGGCACAUAUCUGAUCUCCUCGUCCAUCCUACCGGCCUACUUCACCCAGUUGGUCGGCGACGCUUCGUCGCCGCCAACACUCAAGGCAACAGCAAACUUUGCCGGCUUUGGCCUCAUUGACGGAAAUCCCUACUAUACUCCGGUGCUCAACUGGAAAUCUGUCAACGUCUUCUUCCGCUCGAUUCGCAAUUUUGUCCUCGACACCACGGCCAUCCCCCCGGCGACCGCCGCAACGGGAAUCCAUUGGCCCACUGCCCAGGCCACCAGUCUCCAGAACAUCGUGUUCAACAUGCCUGCUACAGCCGACGUCGUGCAUGUUGGGCUUUUCAUCGAGGAAGGUAGCGGUGGGCUCCUCGUCGACCUUACAUUCAAUGGCGGUGCCACAGGCGCUAGCAUGGGUAACCAGCAAUUUACCGCACGAAACCUGAAGUUCAACAACUGCAAGACUGCCAUCAUUCAAAUCUGGAAUUGGGGUUGGACCUACCAUGGGCUGUCUAUCAACAACUGCCGAGUUGGUAUUGAUAUCUCUGCCGGGGGCUCAAACAACAAACUCGACGUUGGUUCCAUCACCGUCUUUGACAGCUCUUUCACCAAUGUGCCAGUUGGCAUCCUCACUGCUUGGACCCCGAAUACCAACCCGGACACCGCCGGCAGCCUGGUGAUGGAGAACAUUGCGCUCAGCAAUGUCCCCGUGGCAGUGCAAGGGCCCGGCAGCAGCACACUACUUGCUGGCUCGGCCGGGUCGAUGACCAUUGCGGCGUGGGCCAACGGCCACAACUAUGCUCCCAACAGCGCCCGCGAGUUCAGCGGCCCCAUCACGCCCAACCCUCGCCCGGCGACUCUGCUCUCGAACGGCCGGUAUUACACGCGCUCCAAGCCUCAAUACGAGAACCUUCCUGCAUCCUCCUUCCUCUCGGUCCGCGAGGCGGGAGCCAAGGGCGACGCCGCCACCGACGACACGGCUGCGCUGCAACGCGCCAUUGACACCGCCGUUGCGCAGGGCAAGGUUCUGUUCCUUGACUACGGGCUGUACCGCGUGACCAACACGAUCCGGAUCCCGCCGGGCGCCAAGAUUGUGGGCGAGUCGUUCCCCGUCAUCCUCUCCUCCGGCGCCUUCUUCAACGACAUGAACAACCCCAAGCCCGUCGUUCAGGUUGGAACUACCUCAGGCCAAGCCGGCCAGGUCGAGCUGAGCGAUUUCAUCGUGUCUACCCAAGGUCCCCAAGCCGGUGCCAUCUGCAUACAGUGGAAUCUGGCCACCAGCGGCACUCCCAGCGGGAUGUGGGAUGUUCAUGUUCGCAUUGGCGGUUUCACAGGCACCCAGCAGCAGGUGGCGCAGUGUCUCAAGACGCCGGGCAACCCGACGGUCAAUCCGAACUGCAUCGUUGCUUAUAUGGCGAUGCAUGUUACUCGCCAAGCGAGCAACUUGUACAUGGAGAACGUGUGGCUGUGGACUGCCGACCAUGAUAUCGACGACGCAGCGAACACGCAGAUCACCAUCUACACCGGUCGGGGGAUUUAUAUCGAGUCAGAAAACGGCCCAUUCUGGCUCUGGGGCACCGGCUCGGAACACCAUGUACUCUACCAAUACCAGCUGGCCAACACGAAGAACAUCUUCAUGGGCCAGAUCCAGACCGAGACGCCCUAUUUCCAGCCCACACCCAACGCCCUGGUCCCCUUCCGCCCAGUUGCCUCCAUCAACGACCCCGACUUCACGGCUUCGUGUGCUGGCGUGCAGGGCAACUGCGCAGCUGCGUGGGGUCUCCGCGUUAUCAACUCGCGCGACAUUCUUGUUUACGGCGCCGGGCUCUAUUCGUUCUUUGACAACUACAGCACGGCAUGCUCGACGUUUAGCGCUGGGCAGACGUGCCAGCAGCGGAUCACUUCGAUCGAGGGCUCUGCGACCAACGUGAAUAUCUACAACCUCAACACGAUCGGCACGAGGGAGAUGCUCAAUCGGAACGGAGCGCAGGUGGCGUGGUUUGCCGACAACGUGAACACAUUCGCGUCGAACGUUGCCGUGUACAAGAGCAACUGA